AUGAGCUACACUUACCUGAAGGACGCAAAGAAGAUAAUUUGUAUUGGUAGAAACUAUGCUGCACACAUCAAAGAGUUGAACAAUGCAACUCCAAAACAGCCAUUCUUCUUCUUGAAGCCAAUGUCCAGUGUUGUAACACCAGUCGAUGAGAAACACGCCAUAAAAGAGUUGCCUAAGCAAGCAAGCUACCAUGGUUUGAACGAUGACGGUACCAACCCAGGCACUAUCCAGAUACCAAAAGGUACGGUAGUCCAUCAUGAGAUUGAAGUUGCAUUGGUGAUGGACAAGUACAUCUCGAAUGCCAACGAGUCUGAAUUCACUGCAGCUGAUGUUUACGAUUCCAUCAGAGGUGUAGCCCUGGCGCUGGACUUAACUGCUCGUAAUGUUCAGGACGAAGCCAAGAAGAAAGGUCUACCGUGGUCCAUCGGCAAAGGUUUCGAUACGUUCUUGCCCAUGUCACAUAUGAUCCCAAAGACCAAAUUCGAAGCCAAUAAAGAAAAUCUACAGGAAGCAUUCAGAGUUACUUGCGAUGUCAACGGCACUCGCAGACAAGACGGUAACACAAACCUGAUGCUAUAUCCACUCCACAAAAUCAUCCAGCAUAUCUCAACAAUGAUGACUUUGGAGCCAGGCGACAUCAUCCUCACAGGUACACCUGCUGGUGUGGGCCCAAUUGCUGCCGGUGACAACAUCAGCGGUCAGUUGUACUACACAGACGACUUGCUCAUUGACUUCAAUUUCGACUGCGUAGUUCGCCCUGGUCCUUACGAAUACAAAGAAACUUAG